GAGUGUUAAGAGAAUUUCUGUUCGCAUGGAAAGUCAAACUUAUGAACAGGAAAACUCAUCGGUUUGCUUUAUCACAUCGAAACAGAGUUAUCACAGCUAUGCGACGAAAUAUGAAAAGAAACAAAUUUAAAAAAAGAAGAAAAUGACGCAAACAUCAGUAUUUGCUCCUGAAAGCGAUAACGAUUUAAACAUGGGGAUUGAACAAAAACGGAAACAGCACUCAGUUGGAUUCAUUGAUAUUUUUUCUCGUUAUUCUUGCCCUCACGAGAAAAAUAAAUUAUCUUUGUGUUAUGCCACAAAAUAAUAAUGUAAUCGUCAAAAAUAUUUUUAGAACGCAAACUGUGUGUAUGAAUUAUGUUUUCAGUUACGUUUUCUCUGAAUGAUAUUAUUUAGGAAGGACUUCUUUAAGUAAUGGUGUUUUGAGAUUUUGAGAUAGAUUUAAUUAUUUGUGCUUGUGAACUUUUUUUUGGAUAAGGUAUCAAAUGGUGUAAAUGGAAAUUGGGCAGCACUUAUCUUUUCGCUGUUUCAUAUUAGCAAUCUAGUAAAUCGAGAAAUAGCUGCAUUUGUAGACCAGAAGAUGAGAAGGAGAAGUUUCAGAGCCUUUGCUAAUCAGAAAAUAGAAGUACUAGUGCAGUUACAGACCGGGUGUAUUCGUGAUAUUCAAUGCCAUAAAAUUGCGGCAUUUGUCAAUUUACAGAUCAUGAAAUAACCGAAUUAAUGUACUUAAAAUGUCUGUAAACGUAGACCGGAGAGGAUCUUUAGAACUCAGUUUAAAAAAGGUCGAAGCAGAGGAAGAACAGAAUGAAAAAGAGGAUACCACUUGUGGAAUCGGGAACUUUCAUCCAUCGUGGCUUCAAAAAUUCAACACACCCAAAGCAUUUCUGGUCAACAACGGAUUUUUGGGACUUUUGAACGGUGCGACUUUUACGUAUUUCAUUGGCUGUAUAUCGACUUUGGAAAAACGUUAUUUGUUUGAGAGCAAAGUGACGGGUAUUAUUAUGAUAGGUGAAGAAAUAAGUCCAAUAUGCUUUGGAUUUCUAAUCGGUUACUUUGGAGGUAAGUCUCACAGGCCGAGGUUCAUCGCCUUAGCGUUGAUGAUAGGUUUCCUCAGUACUUUGGUGAUGGCUUCUCCGUAUUUCUUGUACGGCGCCAUACGGGAGGUGUCCAAGUUGGACCAUUACAAAAAUAGGACAGAUUUCGAGCUGUGUGAUUCGGCAGAGAAGGAUUACUUUUGUGAUAAGUUUCCAACGUUAACGGCUGUGACGAUUUUCUUUAUUGGAACUUUUAUGAAAGGCUUUGCCGUCAACGCUUUCUACACAAUUGGUACGCCGUAUUUAGACGAUAAUGUCAAGAAGAAAAAUACAGCUAUGUAUUUCGCUACAUCAAUGAUAAUUCAAUUACUUGGCCCCGCAUCGGGAUUUUUGCUUUCUUCUUUGUGUCUGCAAUUCUAUGAAGAUCCUUUUUAUGAUCCUGGUUAUGGCACUGAUGACCCGCGUUGGAUCGGAGCAUGGUGGCUUGGCUAUAUCAUCAUUGGACUGCUCAUGUUGCUUUCCUCCCUACCCAUGUGGCUUUUCCCAAGGAGAUUUCCAGGAGUGAAAGCUCCAAAACCUCUCCCACAAAAGCAGGAUUCAAAAGCUAAGACUGGUACUCUUAAAAAUAUGGGCAAUACUAUAUUGCGACUGAUACGAAAUCCGAUCUUGAUAUUCUACCAGUUGGGUGGAAUAUUCCGAGUGAAUGGCGUGAUCGGAUAUUUCAUUUUGAUGCCAAAAUACAUGGAGAUGCAGUUCCAGCAGUCAGCAUCCAAAGCAAACCUCUUCUCAGGACCCAUAAGCAUCGUAGGAAUGAUGUUUGGUAUUCUCAUUGGUGGUGGCUUGGUGAGAAGAUUUAAACCUCGUCCACGAAUUCUUACAGGAGGAUUGCUUUUUGCCGAAUCCUUUGGUCUCUUGGCUCUUCUGAUAUCAAUGCAAAUAAACUGCCAACCCGUACAGACAGAUCAAGAAAGCUCAUUCACGAGUACGCUAAUGAAUUUAGAAAAUGACUGCAACCGUGACUGCUUAUGCACUACUAAAUCUUAUACACCCAUUUGUGGUCCAGACAAAAAGACCACUUAUUUUUCACCCUGCUAUGCUGGAUGCAACAGUUACAAUAAAACUGAAGAUGAUAAAGAGAUAUUUUCAGACUGCAAAUGUGUGCACAAUAGUGAGGGAGAAGUGAUUGUUGGAGAGGCAUUAAAGGGUUACUGUAAUUUUGAAUGCCAGUGGCUUGUUGUCUAUAUUGCUGUCAUCUGUGUGGGUAGGUUUAUGUCUUCUACAACGGGUGUUGCGAGUGCUUUAGUCUUUUUAAGAUGUGUUGAUCCAGCAGACAAAAGUGCGGCUUUGGGGGCAUUAUCAGGAGUAUCUUCCAUAUUAGCCUUCAUUCCUUAUCCAAUCUUAUUUGGAGCCCUCUCUGAUUCUUGCUGUCUUGUGUGGGAGCACAGUUGUGGAAAAACUGGCAAUUGCUGGAUCUACGACAUCGAAAAAUUCCGGUACAUGCUGCAUGGUGUCAGCGCUAUCUUCAUCUUCCUUGGAAGCUGUACAGACAUUGUUGUCUGGUAUCUCAGUCCUCGACUCAAGAACAUAUACAGCGAUGAAGAGACACACAAUGGAGAUCAGCUGGACGAAGUCAAUGGUGAACUCCCAGAUGUCUCACCUUUAGAAUUGAUCAGCAAUGAAUUGUUCGAUUCCUGUGAUAAGAUGGCAAUGGACCAAAAUGAGCUAACUAAGAAUGUAGCAGUAAACAACUUUGGUGAGGAAUCUAUAAAACAAAAUGACAGGGAAACUAUUGAUACACAAGAAAGUUCAAGAUGCUGAGAUGAAUCAAUUUCAUUAGAAUUUCUGUCAUCAUCUAUUUCGUAGGUUCUUUAAUUUUCAGAAUGACCGCCAUCUAUGCUAGAUGAGCAUUAGCUAAUACACUUGGUUUAUCCACAAUCGCUUCUAGAUUUCGAAAUUGAUUCCACUUUUUUCUAUAUGUUACAGUCAACUGGGGCUACUUUGGUCCUCGUGUGAUUAAUUUUUAAAAAUAAAUUCCAAUUUUUAGAACCAAUUUAAGAGAAAUUUUUUGGAUUGAUGUGCAACCUUUUACCGAUGCGCAAUAUUUUUUUCCUUAUUUUUUUCUGACGAUGCAUUUUAAAUUUUACGAAAACAUAAAUGCAUAGCUUUAAAAUAUUGCACUGUUUUCUUCCUUAUACUUUGAUAAUUGAUUAAAAUUUAAUUUGCAUGCUGAAGGACUGUUAAUUAUUAUUUUAUAAAUGAAUAUAUGAGUAAAAUACGAAAAAUUGUCUUAAUUUACUCCCGGUUGACGGUAAUUGUUUUGCGAACAAUUAGCAACGAAAAUUUCUGUUCUUGUUUCAAAAUGGGUUAAAUAAUAUCGUUGGCAAAAAUAGGUUAAAUUAUAGAUUAAAUAAUAUAUGUUAAAUCACUCGUUGAAUUGAUUUAUAACGACUAUUUUUAGUUUAAUAUUCUAAUAUUUUUACAAGAAAACAUAAAAUCAAUUAUUUUAAAAUUCCCCCCCCACACUCAUUUGCUUCUCUAAACUCUCCAUCGAUGCUUUCAAUGCAUACUUCAGGAGCCUACGAUUUUUUUAUUAUAUUUAUUCUGAUCCCCUCAUCUUGUUUCUUUCCUUAGUGGCUUUUAUUACGGGGUAAAUACGGUUCAACGAGUCCAAGAUGCCUUGAUGACGUUUACCUUCUUAUCUUUCGUAUCCUAUUUUUUUACUUUUUGCAUGGAUCAUAGCUUAUAACCCCAUUUAAUUUUAUUAUUCGAAAUACGUAAUGUUACAAACUCUUUAACAAUACUUCGGGUGCAGUAUUACUGCAUUUGGCUCAUACAUCAAAAGUUGAAUGCUUGAAGAAUAGAUUUCGAAGGAUCGGAUGUUGAUUUUAAAACCCAUGAAUGUUUUGGGUGAAACACUGGAACAUAAAAUCAAAAUAAUUCAUUACCCUGGGUCAUAUAUCAUUAUUACACUUAUACAGUUAUUUCUAUGUAUGGUUUUAAAAAAAAAUAAUCCUUUUACUUUAUAAAUGCGGAAUUAACUUUUAAUUUAAUGAUCAGAUUCUAAUGUACUGAAACAAACUCUUAUGAGUUCAAGUGGUAGAUCUUAAAUAUUUUAAAUAAUUCAUAGUGAUGGUAAUUAUGAUUACAAUACUUAACAAAGCUCAUUGGCCCAUGCGUCAGCUCAAGGCCUCCUGUACCUAUUGCAGUUAUUUUUACCUUAGGCUCUAAGGUGCAAGAGUAAAGUUCCAGUUAGGUGAUCAACCGAAUAUAGAACCCGUGGUUAGGAAAUUAUUCUAUUUAUUUCAUCCACCAAUACGUGUAGCAUUGAAAACCAUUUUAUUACUCUGAAACAAAAUGUUUAUGAAAUACUGGUAGUUGGUGUAGCAGCCACGUUGUUUAUUGUUAAAAAGUUGAGCCAUGUUGUUAAAAAAAAUAUUUACAAAGUAUAUAAGGAGCACAUUUACACCGAAAAAGAAUUGUACUUUUUCUGGUUAACAAAUGGAAAAUCGUGCAAAUUUUCCCACUUAUUAAAUAAUUAAUUCUUAUUGAUAAUUUUGUUGCUUCAAUUUACUUUUUAAAACAUGUUUCAUUGAUUUUUCAACCAAAUUUUAGAUUUCGAAGAGGUCAGUAUUUUUCAAAGUUUUUCAAAAUCUUAUUAAAAAAAAUUUUUUUUCAAUAUGAAAGUUUAAAAUUUGGUAACUAUGUUCAAAAGAAAGCAUUUCUAUGAAACAAGGAAUAUUUAAAAACAGUAAUGAGUUACUUUAUAAGGAAAUUGUGUUUAUAUAAUUCUUUUGCGGGUUAACUAAGAAGAAGUGGAAUAUCUUUCCCUCGUAUGGAGGAGACCCUUAGAAGAUAUAUUUGUUUGCAUCAUAUGUAUAUACACUUGGAAAACACCAUACACUUGUA